GAUGGGAAAACAAUUCCAAAAUGUUAAAGUCAAUUCUACACUACCUAAUAAAUUAUUAAGAAUAGACCUUUUAAACCAACCUUUUCGCGAGGCUGUACAAGCAAAUAAUUCCUUAAUGAUUGACAAUGUCACGCAAACUUUUAGUGAUGGUAAAAACGAUCAAGAUUGCUUAAAGCUGGAAAAAUAUAGUGAUAGCUAUUCCGAGAAGACAAGCGUAGAAAGUAAACUAAUAGUACUCCCUUUAAAAUUACAUAAUAAUGAAGAUAUGGGCGAGGUUGAGAAAACAAAGAACAUUACACAUGUUAUCUCCUUUACUCAAUCAGAGUUAAAUGAUAUUGAGCAUUGCGAUAAAUCUGUUCAAACAUUUGAUAACGAUAUUCUAACUAACGACUCCACGGCUGUUAAUAUGAAAAAGAUGAACGCUCAUUCAAACGACAAUGAAAAUUACUUUAGAAUGAAAAUAUCAAUAUUAGAAGAGAAGCUUAAUGAAACUCUAUUAACAAAUAAUGAUGCCAAAUCUCCUCGUUUUGUUGGGGAACAACUUGAUAAAUCAUGUAAUUUAUACAAUUAUCAAUAUAAUAGAACAAAUACAUUAAAAAGUGCGAAAAAUGAUGAAAAAUAUGAAAAAAAUCAGAAGAUAUUACAAGGAAAUAUCUCCUCUAAAUGUUCUCAUUUGGGUGUAGGUACGAAAGGAAAAUAUUCUAUUAAAACUACCCUUAUAUCUUUUGUUUAUCAAAUCAAAGCAGAUAGAAUACAGUCGAAUGAAGGAAAAUCUUUACAAAGACAUUUUAGUAAAAAUUACACUGUUAUUGUUGCGACGGAAAGAGAAAAUUACUUUGUUACGUGUCUAGACUCUAAAAGCAAUGACGAGAAUAUUUCCCAGAAACCUGCAAUAAUUGAGCCUAGAAUUAAAAGGCCUAUUAUCGAAGCGCUUUUACAGCCAUUCGAUUUCUUUAAAAUUGAUGAUGAAUUACCUUUGAAUAAGGAUUCGAGUUUUAUAAAAUCUUUUCAAAGCGAAUCGGAUAGGGAAGAUAACGAUUUAUUGAAUUUGUUAAUGUCUCCUCUGAGCACCCCCAAUAAACUAUUUACUUCAAAAUUGGAUCAACCUAUGUAUAAUUUGAACACGAAUAAGUGGAAAGUUAAAGAAGAGAUUAAAGCGGAGAACAUAUAUCUUGAUUUAAAAAUUACCCACGAAUACUUACAUCGUAAAUUAAAUAUUCUCCUUAGUCCGCUGGAAACUGCAUUACUUAUAAACUUGAACGACUAUCUACCAAUUUUAACAACAGUUACUUUAACAGAACAGUCAAUAAUUGAAAUUUUACUAUCGCCGUUAGAGACAUCUUUUCCACUUGGUUUCUUUAACUUUAAAACAAAGAUAUCGACAAUUCCCAUUACAGUAGAUUGGGAUGAGUUAAAUAGUAAAGAUACAAACUUCACAACUUUCUUAAAGAGCGAUAAAAUAAAUGAAAAUUUACCUAAUUAUUCUGAUGAACAAUCCGAAUCAGACUGCAGUUUAUCCCACGAAGAAAUUAUUCAUUGUACACAUAUGGUUUAUUGUUGCUGCUGUUGUUGUUGCCCCUGCUACCAUAACAAUACACUUAGGUCUAGGAAAAUCAUUUCAAAUGACUCAGACACACAUCUCCAAACCGAUCAAAGAGAGCCUUAA